AUUGUGUUCUCGAAUCACACGAAAUCGGAGCUCAGAGGUAUUUUUCCCUUUCCGACGAAGAUGGCGAUGCGUACAACUCAAGGGAUUGGCCGUCUCGUCGGCUCUCUCCGCCGCGUGAGUCGGCCUCUCUCCACCGACGCGGUGGUCGAAGCGGAGGUCAAGCGUGGUGAAAUCGGUAUGGUCUCAGGGAUUCCUCAGGAACACCUUGUCCGUAAGGUUAUAAUCUACUCGCCGGCAAGAACUGCUACCCAGCAAGGAUCUGGAAAAGUUGGAAAAUGGAAGAUCAACUUCGUGUCUACCCAAAAGUGGGAAAAUCCACUGAUGGGCUGGACUUCCACAGGGGAUCCCUAUGCCAAUGUUGGCGACUCUGCCCUUUAUUUUGAUUCCGAGGAAGGAGCAAAGACAUUUGCAGAGCGGCAUGGCUGGGAUUAUGUGGUCAAGAAGCGCCAGACUCCGGUAUUGAAGGUGAAGUCAUACGCAGACAACUUCAAGUGGAAAGGUGUUCCUCAAACCCCGAACUGAUCGGUGAGGAGCAAGCAGCACAUAAGACUUGUUUCUUUGGUUAUUUAGCUUCUGCCAUCUGCUGUUGAACCAUUAUUCAUUGUGUGAGGAAUAGUUUUUUUUUUCCAUCUCAAUAAUAUGAUGACGAAAAUCUGUGAUCUUAAUGGGCCUACUAACAGAUAGCCCAAUAAUGUUCUGUACACAACUUCGGCCCACUGGAUUUUGAUUUUCUA